AUGGAUCCUAAAAUUGAAAACUGGCCCGGUCACCGAUGUUCUAUCAACCAUGGUGUUCAGAUUAUGGGGAACUAUGCACCAUCCAGGUGGGAAACUGAUAAUAAAAGUCUUGGCACGUCAAUCUUUACUGGAGAUAAAUGUGACAGGGCCCAUUUAUCAGCUAUAAAUUCCUGAAUUACCAAGCAGCCGCGUUGGAGCAGUCCUGUUAUGCGUCGCAAGGCGCUUCACCAUCCUGCUGCUUAAAUUUGACAUCUCUGUUGUCAGGAGAGCUAUUUUUAGAUUGAUAGUCUGGGGACAUGGAAUGUUUACUAAUUACUGUACAGGGAAAGGAAUGGACUGUGAGGAGGGAGUGCUCCUUUUUAGCAUUUCUAGGAGUGUUCUGGUGGCAGGGCAAACUGUUUAAAAGGGACUGAAGCAUUAACAGCAACAGAUAUCCUAACUGAAGUUGCCUUGUUGGCAUAAAAGGUUAAGAAAUUUUAAAUAAAGUAAAUAUACCCAUGGACUGGUGCACUACAUCAGUGAUAUUUUCUUUUUUGCCAAGUUUCCAUUGUGAACAAGGAAGAGCGCCAAAGAGUAUGCACAAUCCUAUUCGGAAUAAGGGAAUUUCCCUUAAAAAAAAGGGAAACGUUGACAGCUAUGCAGUGUGCAGAUGGCCACAUCCUUGCUUUUUGGUGGAUAAGAAGCAAAUGUAGUUUUCACCCCAGAGGGGUCACUUUUACUGCUGCUUUACUUUCUUCUAUGUAAGUGAAUGGCUGCUGUUUAAGAAUGAAAUGCUACCCUGAGGCUGUGCCUCAUGGAGGUGAUGCACCCUGCUGGAUCCCUUGAAAAGCUUCCUUUAAACAUGCACACUGCUCAGCACAAUGCUAGAUGUUCUCCUAGUCCACAAUAGUGCUGACCUAUGUAAUUGGCUUUUUGAGCUCCCUUUACUCCAGUUCUGAACAUGCUUGGGUAUUGCGGGUUGUAUUUAACUAGCUCCUACUCAGAAGAGACCUGCUGAAAUUAAUGAACCUAAGUUAGUCGUGUUCAUUAACUUUAAUGGGCCUAUUCUGAGUAGGCCUAAUGUUGACUAUCAUGCUAUAUAUUUUACUUACCUAUUUUAAUAAUAACAAUAUGUGAACAGCAGCCUCCAUCACCCCUAGCCAGCAUGGGCAAUGGUCAAGCAUUCUGGAAGUUGUAGUCCAACAUGUGGGGGACCCAAGGCUGGGGAAGAAUAACUUCUCCACUGUCCCAUUUCAAGAUAGAACAUCAAUGGAGUGUGUUCUUUUCACAUAUAUGGCAUAUAUAAUACCAGUGGAGAGUGCCCAGUGCUGUCUGGGAAUUUUUGGACACCAAUAAAGUAUUGUGAUUUUUAAAUGGAUGGCGUAAUUUUUGAAUUUGGACUAAUCACUCCAAAAAUCAGGUGAAGUCACACCAAAGUCACACUUCGGUCCACCAUCUUGAUUCAAACUGGCACCUGGCUUCCCAUUGGUGACAAAGUCUGCCACCCCGACCUCAGGAACCCUCAUGCUGAGUUUGACAAUGAUAUCUGGAGAGGUGACCAAACCUAUGCCCCCAAAUGGGCAAAGUCACACCAAAAUUAUUUUUUUAGAUUGCCAUCUUGAUACAAAAUGGUGGAUAGUGUCCAAACAUUGAUGAAGGCUGCUGCCCCAACCUCACGAACCCUCAUGCUGAGUUUGGCAAUGCUAUCUUGAGUGGGGUCCAAACACACAGAAGGCAGACAGACCAUUUUCUAAAAUAUAAAGUAGAUAGAUGGGUAUGCAUCCUUAUGUGCACCACAUACAGUGGUGCCUCGCAAGACGAUAUUAAUUCGUUCCGCGAGUUUUGUCGUCUUGCGAUUUUUUCAUCUUGCGAUUUUUUUCGUCUUGCGAAGCACGGUGUCGGGAAAGUUUUGGAAAAGCUUCAAAAAUCACCAAAGUCUUUAAAAACCUCAAAAAAGGCUACCACACCGCGUUCUAUGAGUUGCUCCUCGAAGUCAAGUCGCAACUGUAUUAACGGUGUUAAGAAAAGGAAACAAACUUGCAAGAUGUUUCCGUCUUGCAAAGCAAGCCCAUAGGGAAAAUCGUCUUGCGAAGCAGCUCAAAAAACAAAAAACCCUUUCGUCUAGCGAGUUUUUUGUCUUGCGAGGCAUUCGUCUUGCGAGGUACCACUGUAUUAGCACUGGAGAGGUAUUCUUAAUGGGUAUUUCUAGAGUGUCACAAGCAGUUUUUAUCUGGGAAUGUAAUUACCAGGUAGGCAUUAGCAUGACUAAUAAUUGAAUUUGCAUGGGAAAAAAAUCUCUUAAGCGCUAUGCAUGCAUGGGAUAGAUGGUAAUUGUUUUGCCUGUUAGCCAUGUUUUGCCAAAAUUAAUUCCUGUCAAUAUGAUGUAUGUCUCUAUCUUUAUUUCCCCCCAUAGUUUUCCUCAUUCUAAUGGCAGAAAGCUUAACUGAAUUCCACACAACCUUCAGCUAGAGCAGCAGCCUUUGUCUUUUGGUCCUGUUGCAGCCUGUGUAACUUACAGAUGGCUGAAAAUCAAGGGAUUGUAAAAAUGGUUUAAUGACUGUUCACUCUCCCGUGAACCUUUAAAGAGAAGUCAAAUUGUCACAGUGGGAGAACUUGCCCUUUUAACUGCUGCCAUGUUGCAUUAUAACCUGAAAAAGUGCAGCCAGGUUGACAAUAAUCUCUGCUGUUGCUAUCUUUUUCUUUUUUUGUGGGACUCCUAACUAUAAUAUUCAUCCUUGAUAACUACUCACUGAACUAUAUUCAUUCAGUUAUAGAUACCAAUGGACCUAAACAGAUUAAUUUGGGGGAGAUUCUGGUCUUCCCUGUUGUAUCUCCACCUUACCUUUUAAUAUUUUUAGUAAUGCGUAUACUAUGCCUUCAUCUCGUCUCAAUUAUAAAUGCAGGUCAAAUUUCAUUGGUGAGCCAUUUGUCCUAAAUUACUCCCUACUCAUACAACAUUCACCCACUGGCAUCCUGUCAGCCUAAACUAUGCAAUAAAAGGAGGCGUUGACAACAGCUGCUCCUUCUGACUCAUCUCUCUCCCAGCCUUACUAUAAAGAAUGUUACUAUAAUUUUUUAGAUGAAGCGAGUAAGUUUGUUGAUGUAGACUUACUAGUAAGAAAACCCGAGGAACAGUGGGUGGCUUCUUAUGGGCAUGCAAAUGUGCUUAUCUCCCCACCCCCAUUGCAUAUGCCUACAUGUUUUAAAGAAGGUGGCAUUUUUGCUGGAGUUGAUGCUGAAGCCUCUUGCAUGCACAGUUUGGAAUAUAUCCAGUUGUUACCUUAACACCUGUAUGUUGUUCCAAUGGCGCAACAGGCUAUUUAUCGGGGGGGGGGGGAGAUGAUGAGGUUGGCAUGACAUCAGGCCCAGCCAGCAUGCUUUUAGAUGACCCAUUGAAUCCAUUUGCUUCUAAGAGAAUGAGAAAUUCAAUUUCGUUCUCCCUUCAAAUAGCUAACCAAUGACACCUUCAAGAUCCACCCCCUGUUCCUUUGCAUUUUUUUUAUUGCCUCCCUCAUGCCUCCUCUUUGGUACAAUUGGCUUUCUGCUUGUUUCCUUUCAGGUUGUUCCUAAAAAAACAGUUAUUGCAGUUUGCUUUUAAUUAGGAGUUAAUGGUUCUGUUAAUGUAUGUUGUUUUUAAUGGCUGUGAGUUAGGGUUUUGUAUUUUAUAAUGGGAUUGCUGGCUUGAGAUCAAAUGCUUAUACAUAUCUUUCUAUAUCUUUCUAUUUUAGUACCUUAAAAUGACAUUAUUUCAUAUUUUUACACCACUUUGGAAUUUUUGGUGCUUUGAAAGGUGGCUAAGAAGUUUCCGAAAGUAAAUAAAUAACAUAUUACCAAAUUACACAUUUAACAUAACUUGUAGUCCACUAAUAUACCAGUUUUUAAGCAUUUUGUGAAUACAGAACUGUAGUAAAGUCUUAUUGAGAAGUAAAGCAGCAAAUCUUCAUUUAAUCCAUCACUUAGAAUCCGAUAAGGCAUAUAGCUUCUUUUAAGAGUUUAAAGGUAAAGGUAAAGGUACCCCUGACCAAUAGGUCCAGUCGCGGAUGACUCAGGUUGCGUGCUCAUCUCACUCUAUAGGCCAAGGGGGCAUCUAUUGAAUUUCCUGUUCCUAUAUGUAUUUUAUUUAUUUGUGUAUUUAUUCAAUUUCUGGUAUUUCUUUCUCACCCUUCACUCUGAGGUACCAGUAUGGGUUAGAUAAACUAAAAUACAACCACAAAAUAAUGAAUCAUCAAAACCCCCAAAAAUAAUGAUAAAAGCAUAACACAGAUACAGCUAAUAAUACAUUUACCAGGGGGACAACUACAACAUUCUUGCUUCACUUCCAAAGGCCAGGGUAAACAGGUGCAACUUAAGUAGCUAAUGGAAGAUGUAAAGUGUUGUGGUUGGUGCACCUCUCUGGGGAUGGAGUUGCACAGUUUUGGAGCCAUAAAAGAGAUGGCCCUGUCAAAAGCCACCAUUCCCCGGACCUCUGAAGGUGAUGACUCUAACAGUAAGGCAUCAUCGGCAGAUCUCAGUACAUGAACUGAUGCCUAUGGAAAGCAGCAGCACUCCUCCAGAUAUUAGAGACACUUAGGGCUUUAUAGACUAACAAUUUGGAUAGAAACUUCAGAAUAAGUGCAGUAAGAGUACUUGCAGUCAUAUUGUAGCAAGAGGUCAAAACCUAUAAAAACUCCUAAGUCUUUGGCCAACGAGACUCAGGAGCUGGGAGAAGAUAAGAGUCCAGCCAAUAUUUUAUUACUUAGGAAGCAAUAGGUUACAGUCGGAUCAUUCUGCAAGAACUGUAAUCCCCCAGCUAGGUCUAGGGGGGUUAUUUAUAAGUUUCUACACAAAGCCCUUUAAUUUCAUCCAAUAAUAUGUAUAGAAGUAUUUCACAUUACUCCAUCCUAAUUGUUGGAAACAUUUCAGGUUAGUAUGCUUGUGCAAUAAGCACCAAUUGUUUCUGCUGACUAGGCUUUGAUUCCCAUCGUGUCUGUUAUGGCCUUCAUAUAGGAAUACAUUGUGUUACACAGAGCUAUUGUGCUUUGUAAACCUGUGUGUUUAGCUGCGUGUGUUCUGUGAUAAAAACGUUAGCUUCUUCUCUUCCCAUGGGAAAGGCCUUUUGCAUUCUCAGCAGUUUCAAAGCUUUAGCAUUAACAGUUUCAUAGCUUUUUCUUAAAGCGAUAUAGCAUUUUCUUAAAGCGAUAUACUAUCAAUUUUUGUGGCCCUUGGGGUCCUCCCUCAAUAUCAGACAUUAUCCUGACUUCCAUAUUCUGCACUUCUAAAUAGUCUAAUCCAGGGGUUAACAAAGCAUGGGGUAAGUGUCCAAGACAGCUCUGAACAGGAGGUAACACAGUGGUGAACCAGUCAUAGCUGGAAAGUAGGCACUCUACUAAGGCAACAUGGGGUCUUUCCUGUUAAGUGCAGCUCCAUACAGAACAGGCUGCCUCAUCACAUAACAGACUUAGGAACUUGAAACACACAGCCAGUCCAUUUCUACCCCAGGCACAAGUCUAGCACCUCCUCUUCCUCCUAAUUCAGAUCAUAUGGGGGUGACAGAUAGUAUAUGCCUCCACAAGAAGCACAGAAGAUGUAGACAAGCCACCCACAUUUAAAACAGGACACUAUCAUUGCCAUGUCAACAUAUUACCGUUAAAGUACUAUGAAAUUUAGAAUUUGGAACCCCUUUGAUAUUCAAAUGGAUUGUGAUGUGCUCACUAGAAUAAGGAGCACCUGGGAAUUCUAGUGGGUGUGAUAAUCUGGGGAAACCCAACCAGAUGGGUGGGGUACAAAUAAUAAAUUAAUAAUAAUAAUAAUAAUAAUAAUAAUAAUAAUAAUAAUUGUAUUUUGCUUUGCACUCUGUUUAUGUUCUGGAGCUGCUUUACACAAACCCACCCUCCCAGUUUAGAUUUAGGAGACAUUAUUUCAGGCACUUCAUAUGUUCAAAGUCUUGGUCUUUGCCAUUCCCAAUAUGCACCUGACAUAGGAUAUGUAAUGAAUGGCAGACCUGAGUCUGUAAAUUUCUGAGAUUGAAUUUGGUGGAAGCAUCUCAUAAAAAACCGGUGUGGUAAAAGAGUUAAUUAGAAGAAAUGGAUUAUUAAUUUGGGGUCCCUACUGAGGCACAAAUCGAGGAUAUUUGAACACACUGCCAGAUGUGAGGGUGCAAAUUGCCUUUCAGAAAUAUUCUAUUCUAUUCUCUAUUCAUACCACAGUCCUUUUUAGGAGUGCUUUGGAAAAUAUUUCCACACCUUUCUCUUGCAUGCCUUUAUAAAGAACUUCUGGAGUCAAGACUUUGUCAAUGACAUUGCAGCAAAACCUUCCUGGAACUCAGCCAUGCUGACAAACACAAGCUGCGUUCUAGGAUCUUUAAAGAGAGAGCACUAGAAUAUCAUUCUACAGUACCUUUUCAUUCCAGCUUCUCUGUGGUAGAAUGAGAGCAGGUUUAAAACACUAAACUGGAAUGUUACUGCCAAGGCGUGAGUGCAUUUUCUGACUGAAAUGUGCAGUUCUGCAACCUUCUUAUGCUAUUCUGUAAUAGAAGGAUAGUGAAGCUGCAAGUUUGAGCUUGCCCUGACUGCUGACAAAUCUGUUGUCGGUAUGGUUGCACUCUCUCUUGACUUUCUUCCCAGUGUAGGUGACCUCUGGCAGUUUAACAACUUCCUGGAAAGAUACUGCAAAUAAGCAUAGAGUAAAGCAGUUUUUAACUUUCAGCUGCUGAGGGCUGUUCAAAGAGGGGGAAAGUGAAUGUUAAACAGCAAUUUUUCAAACAGAAAAAAAUGUUUUAGGUGGCAGAGUUCUCUCUCCCCUCUUGCAAUAGAAGUAUUAAAUUAGAUAUCACAUUAUUUUCCCCUCUCUGUUCUUUGAUAUUAAUAUUAUCAUCAUUUGCAGCAGCAGCAUAGAAAAACUAGGAAUCGAAGAAUGAAGUGGGUUUUAAAAAAACGAAACAAGGAAUUCACACUGUGUUUCAUAAUGUAUAACACCCCAAUCCUGAAUCUUCUUUGGAGGAAGCCAAAUUUGUUUCAAUGGGGUUGCCUUCUAUAGUAUUAGCACCAUAGCCCAACAGUGCAAUCCUAUGUAUAAUUUCUCAUAAGUAUAUCCUAUCAUCAACAGUUCUUACUCAAGUAAGUGUGCAAAGGAUUGCAGUGUGAAUCAAAUCACUGAGGGGCUAAUAUGUACACAAGGGUCAGUGUGGUGUAGUGGUUAAGAGCGGUAGACUCGUAAUCCGCUCCUCCACAUACAGCUGCUGGGUGACCUUGGGCUAGUCACACUUCUCUGAAGUCUCUCAGCCUCGCUCACCUCACAGAGUGUUUGUUGUGGGGGAGGAAAGGAAAGGAGAUUGUUAGCCGCUUUGAGCCUCCUUCGGGUAGUGAUAAAGCAGGAUAUCAAAUCCAAACUCCUCCACUCCUCCUCAAUUGAUAUAAAUGAUGUGGCCUGUUCCUGCGUAUAUGUUUGUGAGCCUAAAUUUCAUUUUCCUUUCACUUUUGGAGAGGUAUUAUAUAUAUGACAUUGUGUGUGUGUGUGUGUGGAAUUACAAAGCUAUUUUUUGCAACCAUUUCCCCUGAAAAAAACUGAGGGCGGCGGGGAGAGAGAGUAGUUGUUCUUAAAAUUGCACCAUGUGUCCUGAACCAAAACUAUGAGGAGACUGCAGAGAGGAAGAAAGAAUUAAAAACCUAAAUUCUUGGUUCAAAUUCUAGCCUUGUAUCCAGGAUCAGCCAAAUGGUUCGGAAUAUUUCCAAAUUAAGGGUGUUUAGCUGAGGCCUAAGAUAAGUGAGUGAGACAGGGCCUGUGGCCUGCUUCAGUCUAGUCAGAGGGGAGGCCUCUUGUUUCUUCAGGGUAAUGGCAGCAGCCUCUAUAUUGACUCUAAAUGACGGCCUGUGUUUGAUUAGCAACACUUUGAGCCGUUACAAAUACUAAUGUCCUCCUGCACUGGCUUAAUAAGCUUUACUGUGGAGGAUAGGCAACCCAGUCUCCAUUGUCCCUGCAGCCCUUCGUAUUUAUAGCCACAAACUUUUGAAUUGGCAGAGCCAAGAGAAACGGCACCAUUGUGACUCUGUGAGGGCUAAACGACAGGGCCCAGAAUCUUUUGAGGGAAGGAACGUCCUUCAUAGCUGUAGCCUGUACACAGCCUACCACAUGUUCUCUUUGAGGGCAGGAAUUCUCUACAGAAUCAGGUUCUUUGUGUGUUUACCUGAGGUAAAAAAUAAUAAUAAAUAAAGCAAAAGCUGUGUAACAGGCUCGUUACAAAAGCGCCUGACUUUCACACAAGCUUUGGACAGGUAAGGUGGAGGAUGCCUUGACAGGUAUGAUUUGUGAGAGACUCCUCGGUUGCCGGGCAAGAGGAGAAUUAAACGAAGGCCUGUCUUUGAGGUAAUGGGAUUUGAAGAGAAGGGAGAAGGCGACACAAAAUAAUUGACUUGGAGAAGAGAGCUGUUUGCAAAAAUAUGAUAUAAACAAAAAUAUAAGCAAUUAACCAGGAUGACACAGACUCUUUAUUAUUCAGUGUACUUGCUCUUUACAUUGUUGAGCACAGGAGUCCAGUAGUACUUUAUUUUCCUCUGGAACAUCUCAAUAUCUCAGCGUACAGAGGCUCCUUCAUGAGAGAAAUAACGGGCCCUGCUUCUGUAACAUCCACACAAAUAGUGCAAGUAUCGGGGAAUUAAGUCUUUAAACAGAGGAGGGGAGGGAAGUAUUCCUUUUCUUCCUUCGCUUUUGCUUCUUGUGAACAUGAUGGGGACUGAAUUCGGGAUUUGUCAUGCGUUCAAUUCAGCUGCAGCUACUAACUUCUAGAGCAUGAAAAUGACGACAAGGGAGAAUGAGAUGGAUAUGGGGUGUUACUGAGAAAUAAGAGCAAGCUAACAAGAUCCAAAUGUGCUAAGAAUGGAGAAAAGAGAUGUGUAUUUUUACAUGAAUACGGGAGACAAACUCAAAUAACUAAGAACAAUGCUUUUGUGUGUGUGUGUACCUAAUUCUUACGUAGUUGCCAGCAUUUUGCCAGACAUUUCCAUAACAUUUCUUACAACUAGAAGUGCUUGAAAACUAAUGAAUAUUAUAUUGCUUUCUGUUGCCACAGUGUAUGACUUCAUUUUUCUUAGCAUAGUCUUGCUGGUCAAAUCAGCUGACUUGCAUGAGGAGAAAGAAACAUAUUUGUAAGAUACUUCUGGUAUUUUGCUUGUGGGUGUUGCCUUAGCUUGCUUGUUUACUUCUAUUUUAGUAACUGCUUGGAAAAAUAAGGCAGAUUUUCAAAGACAUUAUAAUCAACAAUUCCAUACAACAUAAAGGUAAGUUUGGGGUGAUUAUUAUUAUUUGCACUUAACAGCUAAGCAGAAUACUUUAUUUUAUUACUGGACCAUUUAACUUUAUCUGCUGGUUAUCUUUUUUCCUAUUUUAAUAAAUAAAUCACAUUUUCCUUACUAAGUACAUAUUUCAGUCAUCACCAGCAGUGGUAGUAAUUGUUUCUUUUUUGAGACAAGUGUCAUCUGUGCUGAAUCAGAUAUUCUCAGAGAGCAAAGAAGUGAGUUGGUAGUGGGAUUCGUUAGGAAGAACAGAGACAUUUAGAUAAUAAAUAAUAAAAAAGUUAGUGAUUGUUGAGAGCCCACUACAGUUUAUGCCUUCUUGCAACAAAUGUAUUAAAAAAAUUAUGCUUGAUCUUAUCUGUUAGCGUAUUUCAUAGAAAUCAGUCUGCCCAUAUUUAUACACACACACACACACACACACACACACCUUCUGGCCUCUAUUCCCCCCCCCCGACCUUUCAUAUCUCCAUAGGAGACAACCAGGUUAACUUACUCAGACUUUCCAGAAUGUAUCUUUCAUUGAAGUAAAUACAUUCUUAUGAAUAUAUCCUUGGAUUUCUGGCUUAGGUUCAUGAUGAUAAAGCUGCCUAAAGAUUUCAUUCAUGUAUAUUAUUCUUUAAAAUAAUUGUAUCUAAACCUGGCCUUUUCAUCCAGAUUGGAAUCUUCAAGUUAAUUAAUAAUCUUGACACCACAUCCACAUUCACUGAAGUCUCAAAUGAGGUGUACAGUGCAACAUCUGCUGUAACACCAUGGAAUCUGUUUCCAUAGAUUUGGCUUGAAGAUAUGGAUGAGGUGCUUGCAACAGUGUGGCCAACCAUUUGUUUCCUCAACCCUUGACUCUCUUAUUAAAGUUUGCCAAGGAGGUAUGACCAGAUGGAUCAAGGGUGUGGUCAACACAUCCUUGCAGUAGGGUGUGGUCCUGGCCACCUUGAAAGUGGCAGUGAUCCAACCACGCCUGAAAAUACAAGCACACCUGGACCUAUCAGUUUGUGACAACUACCACAAAGUCACAAAUACCCCCUUUUAAGAAAGGUGAUUGAGAAGAUUUCAGUGCAGCAAUUGCAAGUGCUCUUGGAUGAAACAGAUUAUGUUGACCUACUUGAGUUUGGGUUCAGGCCUAAAUAAGCCUUGGUUGCCCUGAUGAAAAAACAGUGUGGAUUGUCAAUUAACUUCCAGGCCUGAUUCAAAGAUAGCCAAACAUUGGAUAUAAUGUUCCAUAGUUGCAAAAGUUAAUGUUGUUCCUGGACUGAAGUAACACUUUUUGGAUUCUGUUAUUAGAUAUCUGAGCUGGCAUCAAGAAGAGUUUGUUAAAUUGACUCCUUCUAAAAAAGUAACUCUAGGAUUACUGUAUUUUAAUAUAUUGUUGGAAGCCACCCAGAGUGGCUGGGGAAGCCCAGCCAGAUGGGCGGGGUAUAAAUAAAUUAUUAUUAUUAUUAUUAUUAGGAAAAGGUAUAGUUAUAUAUAGGGACGCGGGUGGCGCUGUGGUCUAAACCACAGAGCCUAGGGCUUACCGAUCAGAAGGUCGGCGGUUUGAAUCCCCGCGACAGGUUGAGCUCCCGUUGCUCGGUCCCUGCUCCUGCCAACCUAGCAGUUUGAAAGCACGUCAAAGUGCAAGUAGAUAAAUAGGUACCGCUCUGGCGUUUCCGUGCACUGCUCUGGUUCGCCAGAAGUGGCUUAGUCAUGCUGGCUACAUGACCCGGAAGCUGUCUGCGGACAAACGCUGGCUCCCUUGGCCAGUAAAAUGAGAUAAGUGCCACAACCCCAGAGUCGUCUGCGACUGGACUUAAUGGUCAGGGUUACCUUUACCUUUACCUUUAUAGUUAUAUAUGCUUGCUUUCGAAAUGCUUUCAUAAUUAUGGGUCUUCCUAUGCAGUAAUCAUUUCUAAAUGUGGUCUUAUGUAUAAUCACAGGUGUACUAAGAAAAUAUAAAUUUAUGCACCACAACACUGAAGUAUCAUGAGAGCAGGGUUGUCAUAUUUCCAGAGGUAAAAAUCCGGACAGCAAUUGCCUGCUCAUCCCCCAGCUAUCUGCCGAGCCUGAGCAAUCUGAGCCAAAGCCAGAGCCUGGGUUGCCUGCGCCAGAGCCCAAGACAGGCACACACCCAAGCCUGAGCCUGAGCCCGAGCUGCCAGCAUGCACACACAAAAAUUAACCCCCCCAAACAAGCACAUUUGCUUUAAAUUGUAAAAAUCCCCCAGAUUGGCAUGUAGCCCCCCCAAAAGAGUACAUGUUUGAGAUUCCUAGACAUAUGGCAACCCUGUAUGAUACCAGACCCCAAAGGCAUAAUCAGUGGAAUAAUAACACAGCUAUCUAUAGAAGCCCAUUUUAAACCGGAAGCCCACCCACACUGCAUUUGAAACUUGUAGGAAUCAAGUUGUGUUGAGCUGUGGAGUGAAAUGCUUUUAUUUUCGUCCCUUGGAAAGAGCUUGUAUAUCACUUCUUAGACAAGUUGUAUUAUGCCUAGUAUUAUUCAAAUGCAAUCUUGUAUUUUGAAAAUAAAAGUAAAAAUAAAUAUGAGGAGGAGUCUUUGUUCUCCUUUAACCAGCUAAUAAACAGCAUAAAAGUGGUUUUAGGUACUAUUGCCUAUUGGUGAUGUAUGCCCUCCUAAUGUGAGUGUAUACAAAAAAAUCCCUAUUUUAUAAUAUCCUAGCUUUAUUAAAGUAGAUGACUGUCUACAUGCCAGUUUCCAUUCUGUCCAUAUACAAAAACUAUAUAUUUACACAUUCAAUUUUCAUGUUUUGAUAAUUGGAUUUUAUUUGUAACACAUUCCUUUAUAGUUCUGUGUAUUUUUGUAGAGAUGCUGAAAUAUUAAAGGAAAUUUAAUCUGUAAUCUGACAGUCUAGUAAAUAAAAUGCCUUUGUAUCAAAACUUAUUGAAUUAACUCAACUAAUUGUAUUACUAGGGUGA